GUAAUGAUGAGGAACCAGAACAGUCAGGAGAUAUCCCCCAGGAAAAUGUAAGAACAAAUGAAGAAACUCCUGCAAGCACAUUUGCUGCAAUGACCACAGAAACGUUACCUACAGAUAUGAAUUCCACCCUCAUUGCCGAGGAUACGAGUCAGUUAGAGUUUAUAUUAGUGGUGUUGAUACCACUGAUUUUAUUGGUCCUCCUGCUUUCAUCAGUGGCACUCAUUGUAAUAAACUACAAAAGAAAAAGAACUAAACAAG